GGAUAUUGCAGCGUGCACUUGGUGCAUGAAACAUUCUCAAUACACAGAAAAUUGAGAGAAAGCGGUUUGUUUUUGUCUAAUCAGUAAGAUGCGAGUUUUGGUGUCAUGAGUCUCUGGUUACUUUCAAUAUGAUGAAAAAGCUUAAGAGACUACCAAAGGCAGACAAAAAUGCCCCAAGGAAUCUUCGAGUGGAAAAUUUAACUGAACUUGACAAGCUUUAUCUUCUUCUGGCUGAACACAACCUCAGAGAUAGUUUCAAUGUGUUGUGUUAUGACUUGAAAAUCCGUUCUAUAGCUGAUUUGAAUGGACUAGAUGAUAAAGCACUUAAGAGAUUUAGACUUCUUCCUAAAUUUGCUAAAGACCAGCUGAAACAACUUCCACAGCAAGUAGGGACAGCUGAUUUUGUUAAUUUGGCGCUGAAACAUGGAAAACUUCCCUACAAAGCUCAAUUGGAGUCCCAUGGAGUACCAUUUAUAUAUGUUGAUGAAAUUCAUGUUGUGAAGAAGAUUUCAUCAGGACCAGUAUCUGGAUCUGUUUUUGAAGCCAUCUGGACAAAACCAAAUGGAGAAAAGAUUAGAGUUUGUUUAAGGUAUGACCGAGCUCCGUCCCAAAGGAAACAUUUUCUCCAUGAGGCAGAAUUAUCAGCAUCACUGAAUCAUGAGAAUGUCCUUCAUCUUUAUGGAGUGAUUUUGCCUGGACUGUACACUAACUCCAUAGCUCUGGUGGUGGAUUUUGCCAUGUAUGGGAACAUCGUGGAAGCCAUGCCACGGCAGUCAGUGUACAGUCUGCUGCAGAUGAUUUCCCAGAUUGCGGCGGCCAUGGAAUACCUUGAAAGCAUAGGUCUAGUUCAUACACGAAUAGUGGCUUCAUCUGUAUUUGUGGUCGCACCUGGCAAGAUCAAAUUGGGAGGGCUCUGGGGAUGUUUUCAAAGAGACAAGAAAGAGUUAGUAUUAUAAUAAUAUUGAUACCUUUCAUGUGAAUUUUCUUCUACAAAGAAAGGGGAGACAGUAAGCUGGUUUGCACUAAUUGCCAAAGAUUUGUUUCGUAAUCUGGCACACCAUCAGGAUUUAUUAUCCUCGACAAGGGAAAAGCUUGUAAAUAAUGUCCUCAUACCUGAUGUGCUGAAGGAUUUAUUUGAUCAAUGCAAUGCAAAAAACCCAAAGAGCAGACCUCUUAUGUCUGAUGUUGCAAAAACUCUUUCAACUUUUUCUCUUCCCAAACUACUGGUCAAAGUAGAUUGUAAUCGUCAAGUGCCACAUCAACUCAGUUGCAAAAAAGGGGAAGUUAUUCUGUUGAUUUCAAAAGCAUUUCAAUUUCUAGAACAGAAAGUGGCCAGUUCCUCGAGCAAUGAGGCAUGGCUUUGUGAAAAAAGGAAUGGCUCAAUGGGUCUGCUUGAUCCUUCAAACGCGGAAGAACUCCUCGGACAUGAAGAUAUCUGUUGGGAAACACUGAAACAAAAUGUUGAACAAGAGGCAACUCACACCUCAUCAGAAGCAAAACCUGACAAAGAUUCAGCUGUUCCUCCCGAGAUCCAAGCUCGCGGAAUCGAGGCGGAGCAUGCUUUUCAGCGAGCUCUUAAAAAGGGUAAGGUCCGGGUGUAUCGUGGGCGCGUCAUGCUGAUUGGCCAGAACAGAGCCGGAAAGACAAGUUUGAAGAAGUCGCUUCUAGGUUUGAAGUUUGAUCCCGGCGAACAAAGUACUGAAGGAAUUGAAGUAGACCCGUCUCGUUUCGAAUUGGACGUUGACCGCGUAAUGAACUGGCAGCUCGUAAAAAACGAGAAAUUUACGUGUGAGUUUGCGGAUGAUAUUGCAAGACUUGUCGUUGGCGAGUUGCGCUCAAGGGACGAGGAAAAGAAGCCAGAGGUCAACUCCUCGGAAGUUGACCCUGUGCAAACUGAUGUCACACAGGGGGUAUCAGCGCCACAGAGUAACCAGGUCGCAGUACCAGCAACAAGUUUUCCGGCACAGGACAUCCCCACAGACACUUCAAUGGAGCAUUCGUCUGCAGCCGACACCGACUUAGCUGAGUUAUUGCAAGAUGCAGAGCUAUUUCACAUCGAGGUUGACAGUUCGCGAACCGUGCCUGAAAAUGUUCAAUCUUUAGUCGCUAAAUACUUAGACAGUCAAGCAGGCUAUGAUCAACAGGAAAGCGACAGAGAAACAGUUGUCACAAUUUGGGACUUCGCGGGGCAACAUCUGUAUUACGCCUCGCACCCUGUGUUUCUCUCCCCACGGGCUGUUUACGUGCUGGUGUACAACUUGAGCAAGGAACUGAGCGCCAAUAUGGAGCCCUGUGUUCGUCAGGGCGUGCACGAUUUUAUUCCACAUUCCAGCGGAGAGGAAACCAACUUGGACAGCAUUCUAUCGUGGCUUGUUUCUAUACACAACCUUAGUGCAGAGGUUAGGGCUAAAGAGAAGGACCAGGAAGAGGAACAGCCGUAUUUGAGACCCCCGGUAAUCAUAGUAGGUACUCACGCUGACAACCCGUUCGAGGACCCUAAACGCAUGGAGACUCAAAUAAAGAAGAGCCUCUCUGGGAAGACCUACGAGCAGCACGUUCGCAGACCGUUUUACCGAGUGGAUAAUACGCGGUCUGGGGAAGACGAAGGUGUCCAGAAGGUCCGACAGGAGAUAAGAGAGGUCUUACGCUUAGAGCCAUACAUGGGAGAAGAUGUCCCCGUACGUUGGUUUAACUUCGAGAGGGUCGUUGAAGCGCUGGUGCAACAGAAAAUUUUCUACCUGAAGGUUUCUCAGCUCUACUUCAUCGUGAGUAAGACAUGCUUCAUCGAGGACGAGGCGGAGAUGGUAGCCAUGUUAGAUUUUUAUCACGACCUGGGUAUUAUCAUCUGGCAUGGUGACACUGUGGUCCUUCAAACACAAUGGCUGAUUCAUUUGUUUAGGAAGCUCAUCACCAUUCGACCUUUUGAUGAACAGAAUCCGCGUCAUGCAGCAGCCUGGAACGAACUUGAAGAAACUGGUCUUCUGAGCAUGCGCUUAGUUGAUCACGUGUUUGCCGAAUUCUUGUGCGAUGGUCAAUCACAGAGCGACAUUCUUUCCAUGAUGGAAAUGUAUGGUCUGAUUGCAAGGUUCACGCCUAAAAGUGAAGAUGGAGAAGAUUCGCCGGCUGUGAAGUAUUUUGUCCCGGCACAGCUCUGUUCGUGUCCAGAGACAGAACUGGACACGACAGAGAGCGAAAUUUGUCCUCUGUACAUCAACUUUCCUGAUGGCUUUCUCCCACACGGUUUGUUUCCGCAGCUCGUUUCUCGGUUCAUCUCGGUUUGUCCCGAGUUGGGCUGCACAGACGAACCAAACCUAUUUCAAAACCUUGCUAGGUUUAUUCUGGGCGAGGAUGAUUUAUUUCUUAUUGGCAAACAGUCGUUUGUGAAAGUGAUUCUCCAGACAAAGAACUCGAAUGACGAAGGAGGUGGCCAAGCCGGUUUGGUCCGCGAGCGCCUGGAUUCGAUUCUGAGUAGUCUAUCAAGUGACUUUGCAUGUCUUCGUAACAUGCGUUAUGAAUUCUCUGUAGCUUGUCCUUCGUGUUGCAACAAAGCCUGCACAAAACACAAGACCAAGUCAUGUACCGAAAGCGCCUGCAUUCAUUUCAUUCCGAUUUCAAACGACGGAAAAUUAAUUUGCACGAAGACGUUCGGUGCCCGUUCACGACUGGAGAUUCCUGGUUUACAGAAAUGGUGUGGUUGUGUCAAAAAGAAUGACGAGGUGAGUCCUCCAGAUGCACCUCGAAUUAAAACUUUCGAAGACGACAUUGAUAGCCCUUCAGAGAUCGCGGUCCGCCCUGCAGUGUUUAUCUCAUAUCAGUGGGGUCUCCAGGACACUGUGAAAGUAUUGAGGAACAAGCUGGAGGAGGCUGGGUUCGAUUGCUGGAUGGAUAUCGGUCAGAUGGGUGGAGGAGACGCCUUGUAUGCCGAGAUAGACGCAGGAAUCAGAGCGUCAAAGGUCGUGAUAUGUUGUGUUACAAAGCGUUACUGCAUGUCCGAAAUGUGCCAAAGAGAAGUCACUCUGGCUGAUACUCUACGAAAGCCUAUCAUCCCAGUGCUGUUUGAGUUCAUUGAUUGGCCGCCUCCCGGCCAACUGGCUUUGAUUUUUGCCAAGCUGCUUUACAUCGACAUGUCUCAACUUCCUUCCGACAGUUUUCCUGAGGAUAAGUUACAGGAACUUUUUCAAAAAGUUAAAGGCCACGUCGAACGUUGAAUUGAAUUGGCGGGGCUCUGAGAACAGAUGUCGCUCUCGAUAGUCCCCUUCUCGUUUUUUUUUUUUUUUUUUUUUUUUUUGCUCGCUCACCGCGCCAUUUCGCUUGCCCGGCAAGCAUAGUGCGUGGAACAGGCGACAAAAUAUAAAAAUUAUUGAUUCUGAUAAAAUCAAAAAGGAACCUUGUGUUAAAUAAAAGACCAGAACGGCACAAAGUAAAGGACGAAUCAGAACAACAAAUCGUACUUUUUCAUUUUUAUUCAAGACUUCUGUACAGUUCCUAUGUUUAAUAAAAUACGCUGUUUUAAUUAUCUGCGCGUGUUUUACGACGACCUGUCUGUAACUUGUCAGAAAGCUACCUUGUUCAUGGCGAGAUCAGUUGCAAAAUAAAUUUAUUGAGGCUAUUUU